CGCUUUUCCGUCAGUCGAUUGUCAACAUUCAGUACGAUCAGACUCAUUAGGUUAAUUUUACAGAUAUUAUAUUUAUUUUCCAAAAAGUACAAUAAUCGAAAUUAACAAUAAAAUGACAACGUUGAAACAAGUUCCUCUCACAUGUGGUGGCCAUACUAGACCAGUUGUUCAUUUGGAUUUUAGUGACGUUACAAGUGAUGGAUUUUAUUUGAUUUCGGCCUGCAAAGAUGGCAAGCCCAUGUUGCGGCAAGGUGAGACAGGUGACUGGAUCGGAACUUUUGAGGGUCACAAAGGCGCUGUGUGGGGGGUAGCUUUGACACAAAAUGCAAAUCUAGCAGCUAGUGGAGCAGCCGAUUUUUCAGCAAAAUUAUGGGACGCUCGAUAUGGUGAAGUGGUCCAUACAUUUGACCAUGAACAUAUUGUAAAGAGUGUGAACUUUAAUGCUGAUGAUACUUUGCUGCUAACAGCUAGUAAUGAGAAACUAAUAAGGGUUUUUGACCUCAACAAACCAGAAGCGGGAGCUUUAGAAAAGUUCAGUGCACACACGAACAGUAUUAGACACGCUGUUUUCCUCAAUAACUCGCGAAUCGUCAGUGUAAGUGACGACCUUACCAUGCGCGUCUGGGACAGGAGUAGCGGCCAGGAAGUCAACAAAAUAGAAUUUCCUACGAUUCCCAACAGUUUAGAACUGUCGAGAGAUGGCGCUAUACUGACAGUAGCACAUGGUACAAACGUGUCGUUCUACUCGUCGGACACGAUGCGCAAGAUGCGGGAGUUCGAGGUGCCCACGGCGUGCUACUCCGCCUCGCUGGCGCCGGGCCGCGCCACCUUCGUCUGCGGCGGGGAGGACCUCAAGGUCUACAAGUUCGACUACAACACAGGCACAGAACUAGAAUCAAACAAAGGUCACUUCGGGCCGGUGCACAUAGUGCGGUGGUCGCCGGACGGGGAGCUGUACAGUGACGAGGAGCUGUGA